CGUUGCCUCUUUUGCCCAGCGGGGCACGAUUCGAACCGCCAUGAGCAGGUUGCGGCUGUUUACCAACAACGCGCACUUCCUCACCUCUGGGAUGUUUCCACGGACACUCAUCCCUCGCACGAAUAGCUGACAACAUGGAGGCGGCAACUGAACGCCACUUCUUCCACCACGGCGCCCGUGAGGCGACCGUUACAAAGUCAUCCGCCAGGGCUCUCGAAAAGGAACAGGAGAACUGCCAUUGGUGCCAGAUCCGAUCGUUUCCCACGCACAAGCAGUACCCCAUUACGAUCGUAAACGAAGUAGACGACGCCGUCAUUCCGCCAACGUUCCGGUUCCUGCAGCAAUCGAAGCUCGGGGCCGGCGUCCAAGCCGCUGAGGAUAGUUUCCGCACCGGCUGCGAGUGCGACGACGUCGAAGAGUGCCAGUACAGCGGCUGCCUCUGCCUGCAAGAGCAGGAAGACGCCUCGGACGACGAGGGUUACAAGAGGAACAAGGUUUACAUGUACCACAUGCACGGCGUAAAGGCCGGUCUUCUGCGCAGCAAGUUUCUGCACUCGAAGCGGCCCGUGUACGAAUGCCAUGAAGGCUGCGCGUGCGCCGAGAACUGCCCGAACCGCGUGGUCGAGAGAGGUCGCAAGGUGCCUCUGCAGAUUUUCCGGACGGAGAAGACGGGAUGGGGGGUGCGCUCGCUUGUGGACAUCAAGAAGGGCCAGUUUGUCGACAAGUACAUUGGGGAGAUCAUCACGCCGCAGGAGGCACAGCGGCGGCGCAACGCGUCCAGCAUUGCGGAGCGCAAGGACGUCUACCUCUUCGCGCUGGACAAGUUCACGGACAAGGACUCGCCGGACGUGCGGCUUCGCGGCCCGCCGCUCGAGGUGGACGGCGAGUUCAUGUCUGGGCCGACGCGGUUUAUCAACCACUCGUGCGAGCCGAACCUGCGCAUCUUUGCGCGCGUGGGGGAUCACGCCGACAAGCACAUCCACGACAUCGCCAUGUUCGCUCUGCGGGACAUACCGCGGGGCGAGCAGCUAACGUUCGACUACGUCGACGGCGUCAGCGAAGAGGAUGACGACGCCAAGGACAAGCGCAAGCAGGGCGACAUGGUGCGGUGUCUUUGCGGCGCCAAGAACUGCCGUAAAUUCCUAUGGUGAUCAAUCGGCCAUCGAUGGGUGCGACCCGAGGCGGCGGCAACCUGUUGUAAUCCAACCCAGGAGGCGGUACAUGCAGUCAGUUAGUGUUGCGGCGCCCAACGACCGAUCGACAACAAACCCGACCCGGCUGGACCGUCCGGGCCGCUGUCUAUGACGGACGAUUCCAACGUCAUCGGCCGCGACCGUUGAUCUGCCGUUUGGCGGGUAAGAGGUGCCGACGCAGAGAGACUGAAGACUGGGGCCCGGAUGGAUACAAACCAGGGGGUGUGCGGCGGGUAAGGAAUAGUGUAAGGAAAGACUGGACCGGGUGACCUGGGCCAGGUGGGUGCCGAAACGGCAUGACACGGAGGCUCCGUGGGAUUGAUGAAGGGCACGCGAGUUGGGUCUUCAGAAAUAGCCGGUGCGUCCGGGAUUCGUUUGGCAAGAGGAAUGUUAGAGAGAGAGAGAGAGAGAGAGAGAGAGAGAGAGAGAGAGAGAGAGAGAGAGAGAGAGAGAGAGAGAGAGAGAUCCGACAUCAAGAACGGCCAAAUCCGCAAGUUAAUCGCAGGCAGGGAGGGCAUUCUCAUUAUGUCAUGGGAAAAUAGUGACAAAACGUAAUCAAUGCGACUCAAGCACCACAGCAUGGAGAUUGGAGAGGUUGCGGAUGCGGUGUUGGGAAAGAGGCGUAUGGAUCGUGUUAGUCAAGUAAAGCGACCUUGGGCCCAAAGCGGCGCGGUCAAGGGAACCGAAAGCCGGCAGCGGCAUCUCGGUUGGGUUCGUCAAGCGUGAUACGAGACAUGCCGGGCCUGACUCCGCUUAUUGGGGCUUUGCUGUUGCAAUUGUCGUGGGUGACAUCCUGUUGCCAUGAAGUAAGUUCUCGUAAUGUGAAUGAUGAGGCACUGCUACCCAUCACGGGUUGAGUGUCUUCCGGGCUUGUCCGGUCAUC